AUGGCGACAGAAAAGGGAAACAGGCCAGCUGACGACCUCCUCAAGCGGCCUCUCUACAUUUACGAUCUCCCACGCCAGGUGCUUGACGCCCUAACUUUCGCCUCGUCGCCUGAAGUCGCGGUUUCCGAAGCUGUCCAUCCUCCGUCCUCGCCAUCGGACGCGUCCAUAACGCACACGUUGUCUUCGGAGAACCUGUCCGUAGGCGCACAAGCAUGCUCACUCUGCGGCCUGUCCUUCGACACCGUGCUCGAUCAGCGCGGACACCAAAAGUCCGACCUUCACAACUACAAUCUCAAGCAGAAGCUGCGCGGAAAGGCAGCCGUAUCCGAAGCAGACUUUGAGAAGCUAGUGGGGGACUUGGAUGAGAGCUUGUCUGGCUCCGAUUCGUCAGAAUCUGAAGAUGAUGAGGACGACAAAAAAGAGAGCACGCUUACGGCGCUGCUGAAGAAGCAGGCGACGCUGGCGGAGCGCAACAAUGGCAAUGGAGACAGAGAAGAAGACGGUACGGGGACGAAGAGGCCGAGAGGAAGCGGGAAGCCGCCAUUGCUAUGGUUUAGUUCGCCCGUGCUGCCGGAAAAUACCUAUUUUGGCGUAUAUCGUGCGAUCUUCAAACCCGACGAGGCGAACAAGGAGACAGAGCUCGUCGAUCUCAUCAAGAAAAAACAGCUCGAACCAAUAGCACCUCCCAAACCGGCCGCGGAUGGCGCCGUUGCACCUUCUGCCCUCAAGGGGCCCCAUAUCUUUUUGUGCAUGAUCGGAGGCGGUCACUUCGCGGCCAUGGUGGUCUCUCUCGCGCCACGUCAGACAAAACAGGGUGCUUCUGGGCCACUGAAUAGGGAGGCGACAGUGUUGGCACACAAGACAUUCCACAGGUAUACGACAAGAAGGAAGCAAGGUGGCUCACAGUCCGCGAACGAUAACGCAAAGGGCGCUGCUCAUUCGGCAGGUUCCAGCAUCCGUCGUUACAACGAGCAGGCUCUCAUAGACGAGGUGCGCCAACUUUUACAGGACUGGAAAGAUCUUCUGGACACCUCAGAACUGCUGUUCAUACGAGCAUCGGGACAAACAAACAGGAGGACUUUAUUUGGACCUUACGAGGGUCAAGUGCUAAGAGCAAACGAUCCGAGGAUACGAGGGUUUCCAUUCAAUACCAGAAGAGCGACACAGAACGAGCUCAUGCGGUCUUUCAUCGAGCUCACAAGGUUAAAGGUCCGCGAAGUCGACCCGGUCAAGGAGGAAAAGGCACAGGCAGAUGCUACAUCGAAACCAGCGACACCUAAGCCUGCGAAGCCGGCAGCACCAAAGUUGUCCGAGGAGGAAGAAACAGCAUUAUUGCACACGUCGCAGUUACAGGCCUUCGUCCGAAGAUCAAAGCUGCCUGCUCUGCUGUCGUACUUCAAAAACAAUGACGUGCCCGCGGAUUUCCUCUUCCAACCAGCAGACUCGCAGCAGAACUAUCAUGCACCUACGUGUUUACAUUUGUCGGCCAGUCAAAACUCGGCACCUCUGGUCUUGGGCUUGUUAUCAAAAGCAGCGGCAGAUCCUACACUCAAGAACCGCGAGGGUAAGACAGCCUUCGAGCUGGCGGGAGAUAGAGCUACGAGGGAUGCCUUUCGAGUAGCCCGCGACGAGCUCGGCGAGAACAAAUGGGACUGGGAGGCUGCGAAAGUCGCCCCUCCCAUGAAGCGGGCAGAAGCAGAAAAGCGCGACGAGAGGGAACGUAAGGAGAACGAGAAGCAGGAGGCAGAGCGAAGGAAGGCCGAGGAGGCUCGUCUGAAAAUCGAAGGGCCUCAGGUCGACUCCAAGUCGUCGCGACCGAAAAAUGUACUGGGCGGUGGCGUCCAGAAGACGGCUCAGGAGAAACGCGAGGAAGAGGCCAGGGGCCUUACGCCGGAGCAGAGGAUGAAGUUGGAUCGAGAGCGCAGGGCCAGGGCAGCUGAGGAACGAUUUCGAAGGAUGCAGGCUGGCAGCGGGUAG